AUGGGAGGGCCACAUGCAUCAAGGGUAGCCCAAUUAGGAGGUCGCCCAACAGUCUCCGUCGAUGUUCCAAUAUGCGCCGUCUUCCUCGCCCUGUUCAUCGCCGGCGCCGCCUGCCACAUGACCCUAUACCGCCGCAACCUCGCACGAGGACACAAGUUCGUCCCAUCCGCCGUAACGUUCGGUUUCUGCAUGUCUCGAAUAGUCGCCAAUGUGAUUCGCAUUGCUUGGACCUGCCGAAUCACAAAUGUCCAACUCGCCAUUGCGUCGCAGAUCUUCGUUGCGGCCGGUGUGCUGUUGCUAUUCAUCUUGAAUUUGCUCUACGCUCAGCGUAUGGUGCGGGCUGUCUAUCCCGAGAUCGGCUGGUCGCGUGCGGUAUCAUGGGCAUUCAAGACUCUCUAUGGUCUUGUCGCGUUGACCAUUAUCAUGGUUAUCACGGUGGUUAUCCAGACCUCGUAUUCUCUCAACCCGAAUACCCUGCGCAUCGACCGUGAUGUUCUACUCUACGGCGUCACAUACUUCUCCGUCAUCGCAUUCCUCCCUCUCCCACUGGUUCUGCUUGUUGUUCUCUCUCCGAACAGAAAGCGAAUCGAAGAGUUCGGCUCUGGCAGUUGGAUUGCCAAGGUGUUCAUUGUUACUCUUACUGGCUCAUUACUUUGCCUCGGCGCCUCCUUCCGCGCUGGUACCUCCUGGAUGCCUCCUCGCAUGAUCACAGACCCUGCUUGGUAUCAAAGCAAGGCAUGCUUCUACAUCUUCAAUUUCAGCCUCGAUAUCUGUGUCGUCGCUAUCUUCUUCGUUGGCCGUGUAGACCAAAGGUUCUGGGUUCCGAACGGAAGCUCGAAGGUCCGUCACUACAGAGGACCGAACGAUAACGAGAAAGACUUCCGGACUGAAGAAGGUGCAAACACGCUUCAGGCGCAAGGCGAACAAGAUAUCGAGAGCCGGAACAGCAGUGUGUCCCGGGACUUGGCCGAGCCAAAAUGA